AAACAUUGCAAACAAAGACUUUCAGAGCAUACACAACUCACUCGAUCUUCUAAGUUCGAAACACUUCGAUCUUCGUCUCAAACACCAAUCCUUUUCAUCCAUCCCAAACAAACACUCAAACAUGGCUCCUCAUGAUAUUACCUCCGCCGCUAUCCUCCCCACCAAGGCCGCCACUUCCCCAAGCAGAGCCUAUGUGACGUUCUUGGCCGGAAACGGCGACUACGUCAAAGGUGUGGUUGGUCUGGCCAAGGGUUUGAGGAAGGUGAAGAGCAAGUACCCACUAGUUGUGGCUAUCUUGCCUGAUGUUCCUGAAGAGCACCGUCAGAUCCUUGUCUCUCAGGGCUGCAUAGUCCGAGAGAUCGAGCCUGUUCACCCUCCUGAGAACCAGACUCACUACGCCAUGGCGUACUACGUCAUCAACUACUCCAAGCUUCGUAUUUGGGAGUUUGUGGAGUAUAGCAAGAUGAUCUACUUGGACGGUGAUAUCCAAGUUUUUCAGAACAUUGACCACUUGUUUGACUACCCGGACAACUACUUCUAUGCUGUGAUGGAUUGCUUUUGUGAGACCAAUUGGAGGGAUAGUCCCCAGUUCAAGAUUGGGUACUGCCAGCAGUGCCCCGACAGGGUACAAUGGGAUAAUAGCUUGGGUCCCAAGCCUCCUUUGUAUUUCAAUGCUGGCAUGUUCGUUUACGAGCCAAACUUGUCUACUUACCAUGAUCUCUUGAGCACCCUCAAGACUUCUACUCCUACUUUGUUUGCUGAGCAGGAUUUCUUGAAUGUGUUCUUUAGGGACAAGUACGUGCCUAUCCCUUCAAACUACAACCUUGUGUUGGCUAUGCUGUGGCGCCACCCUGAAAACAUUGAGCUAGAGAAGGUCAAAGUUGUCCACUAUUGUGCUAAUGGUUCUAAGCCAUGGAGGUACAAUGGAGAAGGGGAGAAUAUGGAGCGAGAAGACAUCAAGAUGCUGGUGAAGAAAUGGUGGGAGAUUUAUGAUGACGAGUCCUUGGAUUACCAGAAUUGCAUCGGUGCUGCCGAGUCUGGAAAUGGCACCGAGCAAGUUAACCUGCAGCCAUUUGUGGCGGCACUGUCGAAGGCUGGCCAUGUUAAUUUUAUUCCCGCCCCAUCAGCUGCCUAGUGUCUGUGUUCUUGAUGGAAUUUCAACCCUAUACAUCAGAAGUAUAUAGGGUUUAUCUUAAUAAUCGAUUGUAUUUAGUACUUUUGUUUGGUCUUCCCAAAAUUAUUAACUUGGGAGGCCUUUUCUGAAGUUUUAGUAUAGGAGUCUUUAGUCCCCCUGUUUUUUAUGUUGGGGUUGAUUUGAUUUGUUAUGUUCCAAACAACGUUUGAAAUAUAAUUCCAAUUCUCAUAUUACAAAUUUACAAGUUGUAAUUUUC